AUGGUUCAGCGCUAUUGCAUUGAAGUAUUUAACAGGACAUUGAGGGACAUUAUACACUGUAAUUUUCCAUUUGGGGGCAAGUGUGUUUUGAUGGGUGGUGACUUUCACCAAAUCCUUCCUGUUAUUCCUAAAGGUUCACGAGCUGACAUUGUUAAUGCAUGUAUUAGCUCUUCCUAUUUAUGGGACUGUUGCAAAAUAUUUGAGUUGACACAGAAUAUGCGAUUGUCAGCAAUAUCAGCAAACGAAGAUGGCAAUCGAUUGAAAAAAAUUGCACAAUGGCUAUUAGAUAUUGGGGACGAAAAGAUAGGCAUGCCCCAUGAUGGCACAACCGAGGUAGAAAUACCUCAUGAUUUGUUGGUGCAAAAUUACACUGAUCCAGUAGCUGCCAUUGUAUCUGUUACAUAUCCUGAUUUGAUGGAGAAUUUGACGAACAAUGAUUACUUUAAUGACAGGGCUAUCCUAUCCCCAACAAUUGAAGUUGUUAAUCAGGUGAAUGAAUUCAUGUGCUCUAUGAUUCCUGGUGAUUCUGUUGAAUAUUUUAGUAGCGACUCAGUUUGCAAAUCAUCACAAGAUAGUAAUGGAUUUGAGGACCUUCAUACAGCCAAGUUCUUGAAUACCAUUUCUAGCUCUGGUUUGCCCAUGCACAAGUUGACACUGAAAGUUGGGGUGCCUAUUAUGUUGUUGAGAAAUAUUGAUGAAGCCUCUGGAUUAUGCAAUGGGACAAGAUUGAGGGUAACACAUUUGGGGAAGUCUAUGAUUGAAGCAAUAACAUUGAAUGGUUCAAAGCCAAAUGAGAAGGUUCUAAUUAAUCACAUGGACAUGAAUCUUUCUGAUAGUCGUCUUCCAUUUUGA